CUGAACGGUUCUUCACAACUAUGCCCAAACUUUCCGAAGCAUCUCUAAACGGCAAAUGAAAAAAAAAAAGUUAAUAUUAUAAUGCUUUCGUGUACUCAAAGAGGAAAAUACGGGAAAUCGAGGAGAUGAUAGUAAAGAAGAAAUUAGCGUGAAAACAGAGAAUAAUACAAUGUCCAUUCUGAAGGUAUGGAGCUCUAUGAUUACAUAGGACAUUUCUAUGUUUGAAAAACGCAAUAGAAAGGAAAAGUUUGGGAGAGUUUGAGGCAAACUAUGGCGCGAGAGAAGAUUGGAGAAACCGAAGUGGUCAAAGUGAAGAAACAGAGGAAGAAAACCAAGAAGGAACACAAAACACGGACUGUGCAUUCUAACAUUUUAUAUGAUCGAACCAAAGGCGAGGACAACCCAAAUAGACACUAUUCAGACAAUAAGAUUAAAACCACAAAAUACACCCUUCUCUCUUUUCUACCGAAGAAUCUGUUCGAGCAGUUCCAUAGGUUUGCCAACGUAUACUUCGUGUUCAUCGCCCUGCUGAAUUUUGUUCCAGUUUGUAAUGCUUUCCAACCACAGCUGGCCCUGGCACCAGUGGUGUUCAUCCUGUCGGUCACUGCCAUCAAAGACCUUUGGGAGGAUUACAGAAGACACAGAUCCGAUAAAGAAAUCAACCACAUGGAUUGUUUGGUCUAUAGCAGGCCAGAGCACCAGUACAUGGAGCGGUUCUGGAAGGAGGCCCGGGUUGGGGAUUUCAUUAGACUGCGCUGUAACGAGAUCCUGCCUGCAGAUGUUCUACUGCUCAGUUCCAGCGACCCGGACCGCAUGGUCCACAUCGAGACAGCUACCCUGGAUGGAGAGACCAACCUCAAACAGAGACAAGUGGUCCGCAGCUUCCUAGAACUGGAUUGUGAUUUUGACCCGUCCAAAUACAACAGCGUCAUAGAAUGUGAGAAGCCUAACAACGACCUGGCCAGAUUCCGUGGCUACAUUACCCAUCGCAGUGGAAGAAGAGAUGGCCUGUACAAAGACAACUUGCUGCUGCGGGGCUGUACUAUCCGCAACACAGAGGAGUGUGUGGGGAUAGUCAUCUAUGCAGGUCAUGAGACUAAAGCCAUGCUGAACAACAAUGGCCCCCGCUACAAACGCAGUAAACUGGAGAAACAGAUGAACGUGGACGUGGGCUGGUGUGUUAUCAUCCUAUUGGUCAUGUGCCUGUUCUCUGCUAUCGGUCACGGGUUGUGGAUGUAUCAGUACGGAGAUAAGAGACCCGUGUUUGAUGUUCUUAGUCCUGAAGGAGCCCACCUGUCGCCUGUCCUGUCUGCCGUCUAUCUCUUCCUCACCAUGAUUAUCGUCUUUCAGAUCCUGAUCCCCGUCUCGCUGUUCGUGUCCAUAGAGAUUGUGAAGAUCUGCCAGGUGUAUUUCAUCCAUCAGGACCAAGACCUGUACGAUGAGGAGACGGACUCUCAUCUGCAGUGUCGAGCUCUGAACAUCACCGAAGACCUUGGGCAGAUGCAGUACAUCUUCUCUGACAAGACCGGAACACUCACAGAGAACAAAAUGGUGUUCAGGAGAUGUACGGUGGCCGGGGUGGAGUAUAGUCACGAUGCCAACGCGAGGCGUCUGGCCAUGUACCAGGACCUGGUGGACUCAGAGGAGGAGGACUGUACGUCCCACAGUGGCACCUUGCCCAGACGGGACAGCGUCACCAGCAACCAGAGUGCUGCCAAGGUGGUACUCCGCUCCCAGAGCACCAAGUCCCACCGCAGGACUGGCAGUCGGGCCGAAGCCAAGAGGGCCAGCAUCCUGUCCAAACACACUGCAUUCAGCAGCCCCAUGGAGAAGGACAUCACCCCUGACCCCCAGCUCCUGGACAAGGUCAACCACUGCAGCAGCCAGAUGACCUUCAAGAGGUUCCACAGCCAAUCCCUGUCUCAGCUGCCCUCUGACCUCACUGACAUCAUCGACUUCUUCAUCGCCCUCACCAUCUGUAACACAGUGGUGGUGUCAUCACCCAAUCAGCCACGACAGAAGGUGCGAAUGAGGUUUGGGCUGAAGUCCCCAGUGAAGACUAUCGAGGACUUCAUCAAGCGCUUCACCUCCAGUCGUCUCACCUCCAACUCCAACAGCAGCAGCUCUUCCAGCCUCAACCGCUCCUCCCACCGCGAAUGUUCCAGUGUCCUCUCCUCCCCCUCCGCCGAGAGCACCCUGACUAAGUUAGAUGAGGAGCAUCACCCUGGAGGUCCGGGUGGUUUGGAGCAUGCCUUCUCCCCCGUCCCUCCUCACGCUACCGAGGGAGAGCCCGGGGCCGUAGAGGAAGGAGAGCUCCGCUACGAAGCAGAGUCACCUGACGAGGCUGCCCUGGUGUAUGCGGCGCGUGCCUACAAGUGUUCUCUGGUUGGCCGGCUACCUGAUCAGGUGACGGUGGAGCUACCUCACCUGGGGAAGCUAAGCUUUGAGCUGCUCCACACUCUGGGGUUUGACUCCACCAGAAAGAGGAUGUCUGUGGUGGUGAGACACCCGCUAACAGACCAGAUCACCGUCUACACUAAAGGAGCUGACUCUGUCAUCAUGGACCUCAUCACACUGCCACCUACAGCCCCCAGCCCAGCCCAGCUCUGUGCCUCAGCCCCCAGCCCAGCUCUGUUCCUCAUCCCCCAGCCCAGCUCUGUUCCUCAUCCCCCAGCCCAGCUCUGUUCCUCAUCCCCCAGCCCAGCUCUGUUCCUCAUCCCCCAGCCCAGCUCUGUUCCUCAUCCCCCAGCCCAGCUCUGUUCCUCAUCCCCCAGCCCAGCUCUGUUCCUCAUCCCCCAGCCCAGCUCUGUUCCUCAUCCCCCAGCCCAGCUCUGUUCCUCAUCCCCCAGCCCAGCUCUGUUCCUCAUCCCCCAGCCCAGCUCUGUUCCUCAUCCCCCAGCCCAGCUCUGUUCCUCAUCCCCCAGCCCAGCUCUGUUCCUCAUCCCCCAGCCCAGCUCUGUUCCUCAUCACCCAGCCCAGCUCUGUUCCUCAUCCCCUAGCUCUGUUCCUCAUCCCCCAGCUCUGUUCCUCAUCCCCCAGCCCAGCUCUGUUCCUCAUCCCCUAGCUCUGUUCCUCAUCCCCCAGCUCUGUUCCUCAUCCCCCAGCCCAGCUCUGUUCCUCAUCCCCCAGCCCAGCUCUGUUCCUCAUCCCCCAGCCCAGCUCUGUUCCUCAUCCCCCAGCCCAGCUCUGUUCCGCAUCCCCCAGCCCAGCUCUGUUCCGCAUCCCCCAGCUCUGUUCCUCAUCCCCCAGCCCAGCUCUGUUCCUCAUCCCCCAGCUCUGUUCCUCAUCCCCCAGCCCAGCUCCCUGUGUCUCAGCCCAGCUCUGAAUAGGCCUACCCUGUGUCUCAGCCCAGCUCUGAAUAGGCCUACCCUGUGUCUCAGCCCCCAGCCCAGCUCUGAAUAG